AUGUUCAGCCUUCAGAUAGACGGUGGUUCAACGCCAUUCACGGAUGGAACUUUUGCUACUCUCCAUGUUCUCAUCUAUUUUGUACUGUCACCCAUUGUUCUUUGCUUUCCUUCUCCUAUCCGAGCAGGUAUUAAAGUACAUUCGAUAUUCCGUUCUGAUAGAUUAACAAUACUCACACUUUUACCCGUUCCUAACCACUUGGGCCAAAGAUUUGAGAAUGUUUGCUUAUCUUGCACUGAACUGGCUGAGGAUUUUGCACAUUACAGUCCUUAA